AGGCGUUCUCCUGCCUCAGGAUGUUGCCUUUAAAUCUGAAGAAGUGAGCUUCCUGUGGAGGAAGCGAUCACAGAAUAGACAAGGCCCAGGCAAGGCACCGUGUUCCCAGCGUUUCUCCGGCUCAGGUCACCCAUCUGCAGAGUGCAGGACUCAGACUCUGACACAGAGCUGUGGGAGGAUUUUUAUAUUUGUGGAUGGAUCCAGGAGGCUUUUUGAAGAUGUUUUUUUUUUUCCUAUGCUGGGUGGAUUUAUGAACAUUUCAACAUGAAUGUACUAAGCAGCUUUCUGCCUUGAGUGAGUCCGUCGUCGUCUCCAGUGUUCCAUGUCCGGACCUUAACCAGCAGAGACAUGUCCAAUGACACCUGCAGCCUCCCUCUGGACACAGACGUCUUUGCCCUGACCUGUGUCUACAGUGUCAUCUUCUCCUUGGGCCUGCCCAGCAACCUGCUGUCUCUUUGGGGCUUGUACCACCUCGGUCGCUCGGGUAGCGGGGGCUGCCAGCUCGUUUACAUCCUCAACCUGCUGCUGUCGGACCUCCUCCAGCUGCUCACCUUGCCCCUGUGGAUCCUCUACCUGCAGGGCGCCCACCGCUGGCCCUAUGGCCGGCUCACCUGCGAGCUGGUCGGAUACGUGUUUUACGUCAACGUCUACGCCAGCGUCAUGUUCCUGUGUCUGAUUGCCAUGGACCGCUGCCUGGCCAUCGUGUACCCGCUGAGCAGCCGCAGGGUGCGGACAGUGAAGGUGGCGGCGGUGCUGGGAGUGGCAGUGUGGAUCCUAACCUUCCUGUUCUGCCUGAGCGGGUUGCUGCCGUCCGUGUUUGACUCUGAGCGGCAGCUGUGUCUGGAGAAGUACCCGGUCAGCCCCAGAUACGCUCACUUUAAGAUCAUCACUGUGCUUCUGGGUUUUCUGCUGCCAUGUACCAUUCUAGGCUACACCUCAGCUCACAUCGGGGUGACAUUACGCCGGUCUCCAUCUCUCUCCAACCACGAGCGCUACAAAAUCGUUGGCAUCCUGGUCGUGAUAACAUUCAACUUUAUUGUAGUCUUUGGACCCUACCACCUGGUAGGCGGAUACAGGUUUGUGUCCCUGUUGGAGACCGUCGAGCCGUGUCUGUUUGAGCAGUCCAUUUUCUACGUCUACCGCCUUUGCUACGGCCUGACCAGCCUCAACACUUUACUGGAUCCCCUGUUUUACAUCUUCCUCUGCCCUGACGCUCGGCUAGAGCUGCAGAGAUCCCUACCCUGCCUGAGAAGAGGACAAAAAGGCCAUAAAAACAUGAGCAUGAGCACCAGAUGUCACCUGGACAAACAGAGGGAGAAUGAAAACAGACAUAGCAACUUUGUGACAAUCUAAACCGGACUGAACAGGUGUAAUAUCAGAGCAAUGGCGCCAUCUAGUGGAAAACUGCUGCUGUUUCAGUAUCCUAAUGAAAACAUGAAUAUGCUCCAGUAAAGUACAAAGACUUGUGGAAGGAUUUUGUUUGAAUUUUACCUCCAACACAUUUAUUUAGACUGCAGAUAUGCUUUUGACUAGAUUGGAGGAUUUUGUCUUUAAAGCUACAGUACGUAACUUUCAUAAAUAUAUAUAUAUUUUCAUAUUUGUUAAAACUUUCACCAU